UCAGCAGUAGAGACAAUAAUAUCGGUCCUCCCCACCCCUGGGUCGGUAAAAAGCUGAGGGAUGGGGAUGGAGUAAUGGAAGCACUAUGUAAUUCAGAGGCAUAGCGAGGAGUAAUAUUGUCUUGUGUAUUACCACCUAAAUCCUUUCAUUAGUUAGAGUUAUUUUUCCAUAUCCGUAGAGUGUGAGUAUCGAUUGCUCUGUGGUGUAUUGCUCUCGCCUGGCUGCAGUACCUUCAGGUCAGCAGCGGGAGUUUUCCCUCAGUCUGUUUUCAGAUCAGAGAUGCCGUCUAACGUGGAGAUCAAGGCGAGGGUGAGCAAUGCGACACGAUUGGCGGAGAGAGCCAGCCAGCUAAGCCAAUCAGAGGGAACAGUAAUCCGCCAGCAGGACACGUUCUUCAACUGCAGAACCGGACGGCUUAAACUACGCAACCUGAUGCAGGAUGGGAGUGGUCAGCUGAUCUUCUAUGAGAGACCAGAUUGUGACGGGCCCAAGGUGUCCAACUACUCUCUCUCUACUACACAGGACCCAGAGGGGCUCAGGACUGUGCUGGCUGAUUCUCUAGGGGUAAAGGGCGAGGUGAGGAAGGAGAGGAGGCUGUUCCUGGUUGGUCAGACGAGGGUUCAUUUGGACUCAGUGGAGGGUCUGGGCCACUACAUGGAACUGGAGGUGGUGCUGAGGGAGGACCAGAGGCCUGAGGAGGGGGAGGCGAUUGCUCGCAGCCUGAUGAAGGAGCUCGGUGUCGGGGAUGACAGCCUGGUGACAGGGGCCUACGUGGACCUCUUGCUGGAAGGCCAGGGAUAGCAACUCACAGUACAUCUGACCCUCUCAUGCAGGACUAAAUCAUUCCCAUAACGGAGUGCGAAAGCAACUGGAAAAAUGUUUUGUAAUAAAAAGUAAAAUAGCAAA